AAGCCGUAAUAGGAUGUUUGAUGAUUUUAUGCGCACGUAGCGGGACACAGUGACCCUGAAGUCACUCGGGGUGAUUAUAUUUCUCUCGUCGGGCUGUUUGUGGUUAUUUCAGGGCUGAUGGGGGCCGCGGACAGCAAGAGUAAAUCAGUGUCGUACGGACUGGACGAACAGGACAAUGUCACGGUCAUUCACGGAGUUAAGUUGUCUGGUGAUGUUCUUCAGCGGAUGCGGGAGUCUGGACCACCAUCAUCAUCAUCAUCAUCAUCGCCCAGAGCAGAGAGUGCCAAACCUGAUCCAGGGCCCUCCAGAUCAUCAUCAGAGACACAGGAGGAGCUCAGAAGACGGUUCGAGCGUGAGCAGGCUCUGGUUCAGGAAGAGUUGGCCCGGAUCAGUCGUAGAGAGAGAGAGAUGAUAGGAGACGAUAUGAACCCAGUGGGGCUGAGAGAGACAGCAAAGACACGGCAGGAACUAGACAACACACACAACCUGGCCCGACAGCUGAAGAAGAAAGAAGAUGAGCUGAAACAUCUGGAACAGUUUUACAAGGAGCAGCUACAACUGAUGGAGAAGAAGAACGCUGAGCUCUAUCGGCAGACUGCACACAUGUACGAGCAGCAGGCGCUUCAAACACAGGCCACUGUUACGCCUCGUCCCGUCAGUCCCGUCUGCUCUGAGCUGCAGUCGCAGGUGUUGAGCUGCUACAGACUGAACAUACAGCAGACGCUGCGCUGCUCACAGCUGGCCAAAGACUACAUCAACUGCAUCAACUCCUCCAAGAAGAACUUGGUGAACCACGGAUGAAGAUGAUGAUGAUGAUGCUGAAGAAGAGGAACAGCGUUAGAGGACGAUUGUGUGUGUGUGUGUGUGUGUGUGUGUGUGUUGAGCUGAUCUUCAUUUACUGUGAGCAAAUAAAGUCUCAUCAGCGUCUGUUUCUCUCUUCAGUCUCUCAUUACUCUGUCAUCUUUCAGUGUUCUUCAGUCUGAAGCUCGAUCCACUCUGAUGAAUAUGAUUAAACUCAACCAUAACGGAGAUAAUAAACAUCUUUGUCCACUG